AUGAAGGUCUUCUCACUCCUUGCCACCCUCGCUACAGCGGGCAUCGCGCUCGUGUCCGCCCAGGGCAUCAUCGAUGACAACUCCGAAUCUUUCCCCGAAGACCUCAAUGGCUCCAACUUCACCUACCCCUGGCCCGUAAAGCUGUACAAGUUCACCUCCCAGCUACAGGAGCUCGAGAUGGCCUUCAUGGAUGUUGAGCCCAAGUGCGAUCCCAACGGCAAGACAGCUGUCCUCUUCCACGGCAAGAACUUCUGCGGCCCGACCUGGGAGGCCACCAUCCGCGUUCUCGCCCAGUCCGGCUACCGCGUCAUCGCGCCGGACCAAGUCGGCUUCUGCAAGUCCUCCAAGCCCGAGCGAUACCAGUUCUCUCUGCAGCAGUUCGCCACCAACACCAACGGCCUGCUCAAGACACUGGGCAUCGAGCGCGUCACCGUCAUGGGCCACUCGCUCGGCGGCAUGCUCACCACCCGCUACGGCCUCAUGUUCCCCGAUGAGGUCGACGAGAUGGUCCUCGUCAACCCCGUCGGCCUGGAGGACUACAAGGCGCUCGGCGUCCCGUACCUCUCCAUCGACGACAACUACAAGACGGAACGGGCCAGCUCCUACGCCUCCAUCAAGGGCUACGAGCAGGCCACCUACUACGUCGGCGAGUGGAAGACCGAGUACGACACCUGGGUCAACAUGCUCGUCAACAUCUACAAGGGCUCCAAGGCCGAGACGUAUGCGCUCAACCAGGCCCAGAUCGUCGACCUCGUCCUCACUCAGCCUGUCAGCUGGGAGUUCCCCUUGGUCAAGCCGCGCACCCUGCUCAUGAUCGGUGAGAAAGACAACACCGCCAUCGGCAAGCAGUGGUCGCCCCCCGACGUCGCCGCCAAGCUGGGCAACUUUACCGCUCUCGGCCCGGCUGUUGCUGCUCAGAUCCCAAACGCGACGCUGCACACUUUCCCCACGCUUGGUCACGCGCCCCAGAUCUCUCACCCGGAGGAGUUCCACGAGGCUCUCGUCGCUUGGUUGUCCAAAUAA